AUGGCCUUGUCCGCAGCAGAAAUCGGCAAGCACAACAGCGCCGACUCAUGCUGGGUCAUUGUGCGCGGCAACGUCUACGACGUCACCGAGUUCCUGCCCGAGCACCCCGGCGGCCAAAAGAUCAUCCUCAAGUAUGCCGGCCGCGACGCCACGUCCGCCUUUGAACCCGUCCACCCGCCCGACACCCUGGACAAGUACCUCGACAAGUCCAAGCACCUGGGCCCCGUGGCCGACAUGGACGCCGUCGCGGCGGCCGACAAGAACCGUAAGCGCACCCCCGAGGAGGAGGCCGAGGCCGCCGAGGACAAGGCCGUCGCGGAGGCCCGCGCCCUCAUGCCGCCCGUCGACAGCUGCUACAACCUGCUCGACUUUGAGGCCGUCGCCCGCCGGGUCAUGAAGCGCGGCGCCUGGGCCUACUACUCGAGCGCCGCCGACGACGAGAUUUCGCUGCGGGAGAACCGUGCGGCCUUCCAGCGCGUCUGGUUCCGCCCGCGCGUCCUCGUCGACGUCGAGCGUGUUGACCUGUCGACGCGCAUGUUUGGCGCGCGCGUGGCCGCGCCCUUUUACGUGACGGCCACGGCGCUCGGCAAGCUGGGCCACCCCGAGGGCGAGACGGUGCUGACCAAGGCUGCGGCGCGCCACCAGGUCGUGCAGAUGAUCCCGACGCUGGCCUCGUGCUCUUUUGACGAGAUCAUGGACGCCGCCGCCGGACCGGGCAACCCCUACCAGUGGCUGCAGCUGUACGUCAACAAGGACCGCGAGAUUACGCGCAAGAUCAUCCAGCACGCCGAGGCCCGCGGCUGCCGCGCCCUCUUUAUUACGGUCGACGCGCCGCAGCUGGGCCGCCGCGAAAAGGACAUGCGCGCCAAGGCGGCGGCGCUGGGCGGCGGCGGCAGCUCCGUGCAGAAGAAGGAGGGCAUGGCCUCGGACACGUCGCAGGGCGCCGCGCGCGCCAUCAGCUCCUUCAUCGACCCGAGCCUCUGCUGGGACGACCUGCCGUGGUUCCGCUCGGUCACGCGCCUGCCCAUUGUCCUCAAGGGCGUGCAGCGCGUCGAGGACGUCGUGCGCGCCGCCGAGACGGGGCUCGUCGACGGCGUCGUGCUCUCCAACCACGGCGGCCGCCAGCUCGACUUUGCGCGGUCGGCGCUUGAGGUGCUGGCCGAGACCAUGCCUGUGCUGCGCGCGCGCGGGCUCGACCGCCGCAUCGAGGUGUACGUGGACGGCGGCCUGCGGCGCGCGACGGACAUUUUGAAGGCGCUGUGCCUCGGCGCCAAGGGCGUCGGCAUCGGCCGCCCCUUUUUGUACGCCAUGUCGGCGUACGGCCUCGAGGGCGUGGACCGGGCCAUGGCGCUGCUCAAGGACGAGCUGGAGAUGGACAUGCGGCUGGUGGGCGCGCGGACGGUGGACGACCUGGGCCCGGAGCUGGUGGACACGCGGUCGCUGACGAGCCACCCCAACGGCGUGCCGGACGACAAGCUGGCGCGCAAGGUGUACGACCCGCUGCAGGUGCCGGCCCAGCGGGACAGCAAGCUGUAA